CACGCCAAUUAACGGCCAAAACGAUACAGGGGUGAGUUUUCAGGAACGACUUUCCUUCCCCCGCUAUGUAAACAAACAGCACAAUUUCGAACUUCACUGUAUUCAUUCUUCCCAAACAUUCAUCCAUACUGAGCAAGAAUUAAUUCAUUCCACCCGAGAGAGUCCUUUCUCGCUUCCCACUUGCUGGUUCUCAGCUACGGGCUCAUUCAAUUAAUUCUUGAUCACACUCUCUUUCAACCGCAAGAUGUUGCACCUACUCGAAAUAGUGAUGGCAAUCGCAUAUCAUCUAGCAGGCAAAGACAACGAGCUAAUGUCCCAAAAGAUAUUCCCCAACUCGACCUAUCCCGGAGCCGUCGACCCUUACCUCGAAGAUGGCGACCAAGCACUACAGAAGAGCGACCCGUUCUACCCAAGUCCAUGGGGUACGGGGCUAGGCGACUGGGCGGAUGCGUAUGAGAAGGCACGAGACUUUGUUUCGCAACUUACGCUGCUGGAGAAGGUGAAUCUGACUACAGGUGUGGGAUGGGAGGGCGAGCAGUGUGUGGGCCAGGUUGGCUCCAUCCCUCGCUUAGGCUUCAGGUCGCUGUGUAUGCAAGAUUCGCCAGUUGGUGUCAGAGACACGGAUUGGAAUUCUGUUUUCUCUUCGGGUCAAAGUGUUGCUGCUACCUUUGAUCGAGGUCUGAUGUACCAAAGAGGUUAUGCCAUGGGACAGGAGCAUAAGGGCAAGGGCGUUACUGUACAACUUGGUCCUGUUGCUGGUCCUCUUGGUCGUGCUCCUGAAGGAGGUCGAAAUUGGGAAGGCUUCUCUCCUGAUCCUUAUCUUACCGGUGUUGGUAUUGCGCAAACUAUUAUGGGUAUUCAAGAUGCUGGUAUCAUUGCCUGUGCUAAGCAUUAUAUUGGCAACGAACAGGAACAUUUCCGACAACAGCCAGAGGCUCAAAGCUACGGAUACAACAUCUCGGAAGCUAUCUCGUCCAACAUUGACGACACGACCAUGCAUGAAUUAUAUCUCUGGCCAUUUGCUGACGCUGUUCGUGCCGGAGUUGGAUCAAUAAUGUGCAGCUACAAUCAAGUCAACAACUCCUACGGCUGCCAAAACUCGAAGCUCCUAAAUGACCUUCUGAAGAACGAACUAGGAUUCCAAGGGUUUGUUAUGAGUGAUUGGCAAGCACAACACACGGGAUCUGCGAGUGCUGUGGCCGGCUUAGACAUGACUAUGCCUGGUGACACUGUCUUCAAUAGCGGAGACAGUUUUUGGGGCACAAACCUUACUCUCGCUGUCAUCAACGGAACAGUUCCAGACUGGCGUCUUGACGAUAUGGCUACUAGGAUUAUGGCUGCUUUCUUUAAAGUUGGAAAUACCCUUGAUCAGCCACCGAUUAACUUUGAUUCCUGGACUUUGGAUACUUAUGGACCUCUUCAUGCCUCCGUUGGGGCUGAUAACCAGCAAGUCAAUUUCCAUGUCGAUGUCCGAGGCGAUCAUGGCAGUAUCAUUCGAAACAUUGGUGCAAGAAGCACUGUUCUGUUGAAGAAUCUCAACAACGCUUUGCCUCUUUCGGAGCCAAAGUUCGUUGCUGUGAUCGGAGAAGAUGCUGGUCCAAAUGUCUGGGGACCCAAUGGUUGCUCUGACCGUAACUGUGACAAUGGCACUCUCGGUAUGGCUUGGGGUUCUGGAUCUGCCAAUUUCCCUUACCUCAUUACUCCUGAUACGGCCCUUCAAGCGCAAGCUCUUGCAGAUGGUUCAAUCUACCAAAGUGUUCUGGACAAUUACGCCACUUCUCAAAUCGAGGCAUUAGUUGCCCAGGCUUAUGUUACAAGUAUUGUCUUUGUCAAUGCUGAUUCUGGAGAAGGAUACAUCAGUGUUGAUGGCAACGAGGGUGAUCGAAACAACCUUACUCUUUGGCAUUCAGGCGACGAUUUGAUCAAGAAUGUGUCUGCGCUUUGCAACAAUACAAUCGUGGUCAUUCACUCUACUGGACCAACACUCGUCACUGAUUGGUACGACAGUCCAAAUGUAACAGCUAUUCUUUGGGCCGGAGUACCAGGUCAAGAGAGCGGAAAUAGUAUCACCGAUAUCUUGUAUGGAAAGGUCAACCCAGCAGCACGCACGCCUUUCACUUGGGGCCCAACGAGAGAGAGCUACGGAACAGACGUCCUUUAUGUUCCGAACAACGGCAAUGAUGCUCCCCAAGAUGACUUCAUCGAAGGUGUGUUCAUCGACUACCGAGCUUUCGAGUAUCAAAACAUAACUCCCAUCUACGAAUUCGGAUUCGGUCUUUCCUACACCACAUUUUCCUACUCCAACCUCACCGUCGUCAAACACAACGUUAGCGCCUACACCCCAACCACAGGAAUGACUGCCGCCGCCCCAACACUCGGAAACUUCUCCACAGACUUAUCCGAAUAUUUGUUCCCCAACGCCAGUUUCCCUCACAUCUGGCAAUACAUCUACCCCUACCUCAACACUACCGACGCCAAAGCCGCAUCCGCAGAUCCCUACUACGGACAAACCGCCGCGGAGUUUCUUCCCCCAAAUGCUACAGACGGCUCACCACAGCCCCUCCUCCCAGCUGGCGGCGCACCAGGCGGAAAUCCUCAACUCUACGACGUGCUCUACACCGUUACCUGCACUAUUACCAACAACGGCACCCUAGACGGCGAAGAAGUGCCCCAACUUUACAUCUCGCUAGGCGGAGCUGGUCAGCCAUCGAAAGUCCUUCGCGGAUUCGAGAGGCUGAGUAUCGACAAGGGGAUGAGCACCACUGCCACGUUUGACAUCAUGAGAAGGGAUAUCAGCAAUUGGGAUACCGUUGCUCAGAACUGGGUGAUUACUAGUGAGCCGAAGAUGGUGUUUGUUGGGAGCUCGAGUAGGGAUUUGCCUUUGAGCGCUAGUUUAUCGUGAGAAAUGACUUAUGAAAUUGGGUGGGAACGGACUGGUAAUUAGGAUACGUGUCAGGCGGUACGGGCUGACUUAGAGUAAAUUGUAAAUGUUAAUGAUUCUACGAAAG